AGAGCCCCCCCAGGAAAAGCCCGGCUGGACGAGGUCAUGGCUGCUGCAGCCCUCACAAGCCUGUCCACCAGCCCCCUCCUGCUGGGGGCCCCGGCUGUAGCCUUCAGCACAGGACCCUACAAGCUGCUGUGGGGCAAGCAGAGCCGCUCACCUGGAAUGCCAUCUUCUAAGUGCAUCCAUCUUCUGAGGCCUAAAGCGACAUCAGGACCCCCACGGCCCCUCCCUGCGGCCAAAGCUGCAGUGCCCCAGGCCUGCAGGCCUCCGUGACCUGUCCAUCUCCACCUGGCUGGCCAGGCAGCUCCCCACCCCGUGCUCUUCUGGUCUUCCUUCUCUGUGCUGGAGAGGCUCGUCCCCGGGCUGCCGUGGUCAGCUCCUCCUGGCCACUACCUCCUCCAAGAGGUUCUUUGCCCUCCAGGCUCACCUGUGGACAGGUGAACAGGCGGAGGUUUUGCACUCAGGGACUCGUAGCCAGCAGCGUCUGCAGCACACCCAUGGCCCCCAAAGUCCUGAUGCCGGCACCGGUGUGUGUGUCCGCAGAGCCCAGCUUGGAGCCUCGGAGGGAGGCCCCGGUGCGGCCACCGGGCAGCAGCGGCAGCAGCGGGGAUGGGGGCUGGGGCCCGGCCAGUAACCAGUCCUCUCCAUCUACCCCGUCGCCCCCGCUGCCACCUGAGGCAGCCCACUUCCUGUUCGGGGAGCCUGCCCUGAGGAAGAGGAAGAGCUCGCUGCAGGGGCUGUUCCAGUGUCUGUGGAAGCGCUGCGGGAAGGUGCUGAGCUCGGCGUCAGGGAUGCAGAGACACAUCCGUCUGGUGCACCUGGGCAGGCGGCAGGCAGAGCCAGAGCAGAGCGACGGCGAGGAGGACUUCUACUACACGGAGCUGGAUGUCGGCGUGGACUCGCUGACCGAUGGGCUGUCUGGCCUGACCCCGGGGUCCCCCACGGCCUCCGCGCCGCCCGCCUUCCCCCGCCUGGAGCCGCUGGAGCCCCCGGCCCUGCCCAGCCUGCUGCGCCCGCCCGCCCUGCCCCCACCCCCGGUGCUGAGCUCCCUGCCCGCCCCCCAGGGCUGCCUGGCACCCGUCCACCCGGAGCCACAGCCCAUCCCGGUCAGGGCCUGCGCGCCCGCCCUGCCCGCUAAGCCCGGUGCCAACCCGAGGAAGCCCCGAGGUGACGCCAGGAAGUGCCGGAAGGUGUAUGGCGUGGAGCACCGGGACCUGUGGUGCACGGCCUGCCGCUGGAAGAAGGCCUGCCAGCGCUUCCUGGACUGAGCCCCGCCCGCCGGGGCCUCUCCUAGCUGCAGGGUCUUCUUUCUAACCCGGGGGAGGGGGGGGGGCCCGGGCCCCACCACUCAAAGUGCCUCUGAAGAAACCAGCCUCUUGGCCUUUUGCACUAAAGCCAAACCUCACAGCUGUCCCCUUGGCCUGGGGUCCCCAGGGGUGGCCGCCCCCCACCUGUCGGCCCUGGACUUGUCAGGGGUGUGACGGGCCCCGCUUUGGGGCCACAUGGGGCCGUCCUCGAUGCACUUUGAGGGGUGUCGGGGAGGGGGCGCCCCGCCCGCACUUAAUCUGACUGUUUGAGGGCCCGGGUGCAUAUUUGUACCGUGUUUGCCAAGCUCAGGUGUCUCACGUCUGGGCUGAACCAGGCGAGGAGUAACAUUAAAGAUUCGGGAUUUUUCCAAAA